UUCUCCAUAGUCUCCACCAUUACCUCUCUCAAAACAUACACCACACCCAUUUCCCUACUCUCCAAAGAAUUUUCACCUGAGUAACCAAUUCCAAUGGCUUCAACUUCAAUAAUCUCAAUGGCCGUGCCAGUAACCUGUACCUCCACCAAGAAGUUAGAGUCACCAACCUCUCACGCAUUCUUGAAGGCACCAUUGACUCUAAGGCCAUCAUCAAAGUCAAACGGAAGGUUCCAAGUGAAAGCUUCGCUGAAGGAGAAAGUUGUGACAGGGCUGACAGCAGCUGCAUUGACAGCUCAAAUGGUGAUUCCUGAUGUGGCCGAAGCUGCUACCGUUUCACCUUCUUUGAAGAAUUUCUUGCUCAGUAUUGUCUCUGGUGGAGUUGUGGUUACUGCCAUUCUUGGGGCUGUUAUCGGUGUUUCCAAUUUCGAUCCUGUCAAGCGAGGCUGAGAAGAUUUUCAGUCCCGGCAAGGGGUAUUUUAGUAUUUCUCUCAUUGUCAUAUUUAUCUGUAUAAUGAAUUCAGACAUGAACUCUGUGUUGUGUGUAAUAUCAUAAUAUGUGACUCUUGAUCUUCUCUUGAGCAUUAGUUUUCUUAUUCUUAAGAA